UUGAAACAAAAUAUCUGCAUAUAAAGUUCGGGCGCCUAUAUUGAGUUACUCCACUUAAUUAAAUAACUAUUAGUUAAUUACCGUAGAACAAGAAAAUUAGAAGUUAUGACCUCUUCAAAUGAUGAUGAGAUCAAUACUUUGAAGAACUCAUUGUUUGACUAUGAGAAAUUCAAUAUUGAAAAGCAUGAUAGACUCAUUACUCUUCUUAGUCUUGAUAAGAAGAAGAAUUUGCAUGCAUUAAUUGAAGCACGAAAGACAAAGCAAAUAUACUUUUUAUUAACUCCUAAAGAAUAUUCUAGUUGGUUACAAGAUGUUCAAUCUAUUGAAAGUUAUUGGGAAAGAAUAGAUUAUCUUAAAGGUUUUUAUUUUCUGGUAUUAAAUGAUCAUCCUGUAGUACUAUAUUGGGCAGGAUUUUUAGAUUUAAUAAUUAAUGAUUCAAAUGCUGGUGUAGAAAUUCCACCUCAAAUUGCAAGAGCUUUAAAAGUUUGCUCUCAUGAUUAUAAAAAUAGUCAUAAAAUUUGGGAUUUAGUAUUUAAAUAUUAUUUAAAGGACUAUGAAGAAGAAGAAACUCCUGAAAAACUUAAUAUUAUUAUAAAAUUGCACUUAAAGAGAUUAUCAACUCCUCAUGAAACUAUUGAUAAAUCAUUUGAAGAAUUUUCUUCAUUCAUAUCAGAAUAUGAUUCCGAAAAUUAUGAAUCACAAUUAUUAAUCGCGAAUAAGAUUCAUACUGAAUCUAAAAAACAAUGUAUAUAUUAUGAUAAAUAUGAAAUUCAACUCGCUAAAAAUCCUUCUGAUAUAAAUAUUUGGACAGAUUACUUGAAAAGUAUAGCGAAAUAUCUGGAAUCUAAUGAUAUUGCAGGUAUUAUAACUUUAUUUGAAAGAUUCUUGGCUCUGAUCUUUAAGAGAUAUGAAAUUAAGUGGAUUAAUUUAUGGUAUGAAUAUAUUUAUUGUUUGUAUGAAAAAUGUGAAGAAGAAAGUAUAAUAUCAGAAGCUCUUUUAAAGUUUAUUAAAUCAUAUCCAGAUAAUCCUCGUACAUAUGCUGAACAUAUUAGAUUUACAGGGACACAAGAUGUCUUUCCUAGAAUGGAUGCUUUAGAUCUAUUAAAGAAGUCGAAAAUUGAUGAUUGGAAACUUGCAGCAAUGGCUAUAUUAUCUCAAGAAUUUGAUGAUGCUAAAAAGACUCCUGAUGAUGAAAAUAAAUUUCGAUUACUUUAUAUGGAUUUAAUUAAAUUUUGUGAUCUUGCUUUGGCUGAUGGUAAAGAUAAAAAUCAUUCUGUUGAAAAAUUAGUAAUUUCAAUUCUUUUGGAAUUAGAUGAUCAUGAAUUAGCUGAACAAAUUUUAACUAAAUUGAGAUUAGUUGCUCCAACUGAAAGUAAUGUAUGGUUAUAUUCCUAUACAUUCUAUAGAGAAACUAAGGCUGCUGAUGCUGAAUUUAUUUCAUCUCUUUUUAAACAAGCAAUGGAAGUAGAAAAUUUGGAUGAUCCUGAAAAAAUUCAUCAAGAAUGGUUAACUUUUGAAAGUGCCUAUGGUGAUAGAAAUAGUUAUAACCGAGCAGCCAUUUACUCCAAUGCACAAUUGAGUAAACAUCAGGCUGGCAUGAAAAUUAAAAUCCCACCAGUAAAUGAAAAAGAAAAGACAGUUAAAAAAGUAGAGAAUGAAGAAAAUCCCUCUAAAAAGAGGAAAUAUAGUACAACAAAAGAAUCUAUGGCUGAUGAAUUAAAGCGUUCAAGAGAGAAAUAUUGUGUGAGUGUGUAUAAUCUUCCAUCGACUUGUGAUAACGCAAGUGUAACUAAAUUCUUUGAAGAAUGUGGACCUGUUAUUAAUAUGAAUAUUAUUCAUGAAAAUGAUGAUAAAAUUGCCAUUAUUGAAUUUAAUAGUGAUCAGGCAGUAUUAGCUGCAUUAACAAAAGAUUUUAAAAAGAUGAAUGGAGAAGUUAUACGAGUACGACGUCAUGAACAUUCAAUAGUAUUUGUUAGUAAUUUCCCAUCUAGUAUGAGAAGAGAAGAACUUGUUACGAUGUUUGAAAAUGUAGGAAAAGUUGUCAGUGCAAGAUAUCCAAGUCAAAUUCCCCAAAAAUCUAGAAGAUUUUGUUUUCUUGAAUAUAGUGAAGAAGUUAUGGCUAGAGAAGCUGUUAAGAAAUUUAAUAAUAUGGUAGUAAUUGAUCGAUUGAGUAAAAGUCCAUAUACUUUAAAAGUUGAAAUAUCUGAUCCAGAAAAAGCUGAUAAUGCUAAAAAUAGUAAAUUGAAUAGAGAUGCUCCAAUGGCCGAACGUAAAAUUAAAGUUUUCAAUUUACCUACAUUUUAUACCGAACAACAAAUUGGACAUUUCUUUACUAAAUUUGGUGGAGUUGAUGAUGUAACAAUUCCUCGAACUACUAGAAGAAGAAAUAAUGGUCAAUAUAAUGAUGGGAUUGCUGUUGUUUUAUUUAAAUCUAUCGAUAGUAUAAAAAAAAUUCUUUCAAAAGCUCCAAUUAUUUUAGAAGGUCAUGAACUUGAAAUAGAUCGAAAAGUUCCUAUUAAAAUUGAAGAUUUUCAAGAUGAAUCAACUAUGGGUAUAAGAAAUUUAGAUAGAACGAUUUCAGUAGAUCAACUUAAACUGUAUUUGGCAGAAAAGGGAUAUAUGCCAAUUAAAGUUGCCAUAUAUCCUGAAGUUGCAGCAGCUUUAGCUCAAUUUGCAACCAUUAGUGAUUCAGGUAAAGCUGCCAUGGCUUUAGAUGGACAAACUAUUGGACAAAAUGUAAUUGAAACUGCAACAAAGAGUGCCAUACUUGACUUACGUAAUGGUUCAAGUUAUCAUCCAAGUCGUAGUGUAAUGAUCCCUCCUAACGUUCAACGCCGUAGAAGGUGAUUUUAGUACUACUGUACUCAUUUUUUCUGAGAGUAAACGGAAAACGGAAAACGGAAAACGGAAAAAAGUAGAAAAUGUCUUACGUAUAUAGAAAUUCUUUUGUUUCUUUUUGUAAUUAGC